ACAAUACAAGUCGAUUGUGGUCUUUGGUACUCUGUUCGUCUCUUUCUGUGGCGAUUUUAUCCAUUUCCGGAAGCUCCCAAUCGGCACCACUCGUGGGCGGGACUGAGAUCGGAGGAAGCCGGAGGAGGGAACAGAGCACCGCCGAGGAGCCAUGGCGGUGGCCAAUUCUUGGGUCACUGGGCACCACACUCUCCCCGCCUCCCAGCUCGUCAGGCCCUUCCCCCACAUCGAUUUCUCAGCCGCCCAGAAAUCGAGGAAAAACGGCAGUAACCUCUGCUGCUUCGUCCUAGGUCCGGCCAAGCCCGGUGGUCUGGUUUCACACGCUCAGAGAACCCGCAGCAGGAGCUCGAGUUCAUCCUGCUGCCGCUGCAGUGGCAGUGGUGUCAAUACUAGCAGCAGCGCCGGAGGGGGAAGUUCUUACUCUGAUUGGGAUUGGAACAGGUGGAGCCGCCAUUUCUCUGAAAUUGAACAGGCGGAGAGCUUCGCUUCAGUUCUCAAGUUUCAACUCGAAGAAGCAGUUGAGAAGGAGGACUUCCAUGAAGCCGCUAAAUUGAAAAUGGCCAUUGCAGAAGCUACAUCCAAGGAUGCUAUAUCUGAAAUCAUGUGUCAGUUGAAGGAAGCGAUUGAAGAGGAGCGAUACCAUGAUGCUUCAAGGUUGUGUAAACAUACAGGAAGCGGACUGGUAGGAUGGUGGGUUGGUUAUUCAAAGGAUUCGGAUGACCCCUUUGGAAGGCUUAUACGCAUCACUCCUGGUGUGGGCAGAUUUGUUGGCAGGAGUUACAGCCCAAAGCAGUUGGUCACAGCAUCCCCCGGGACUCCAUUAUUUGAAAUUUUUGUGGUCAAGGAAACUGAUGAAACAUAUGCUAUGCAGGUAGUCUAUCUGCAUCGAACCAAAGGGAGUUCAGCUGCCUCCACUAGUUCUUCCUCCAAAUCCUCAAAAGCUCAAACCUCUGCUAAAGUGGAUGAUGCAGCUUCAGUAGAUGUGCAGGAAAGUGAAGUGAAGACUGAGACUAAUGACGAGAAGGGCUUGAACAUUGAAGGAGCAACCGAGGAAGGGAUAAAGAGUGUGAUAAACUUUCUCAAGGAGAAAAUCCCGGAAUUGAAAGUAAAAGUUAUGAAUAUUAAUGUUUCUGAGGAAGUGAUAGAGGAGACUGAUUCCCUGAAGCAGCUGAUUCAGGAAGAUGACGAAGACACAAGCUCUGUGGAUAGCUCUGAAGAUGAAGAUGAUGAUUUGGAAGGAAUUCAGACAGAUGAGGUUGUUCUGGGUGAAGCUGACGGUGCCGAAGAGGAUGAGAAGGAAUUGGAUAUGAAGCUUUUUCUCGGUGGGGUUGUUCAUAAUGAGGAGGCUCCUUCAAAGGAUGAGUUCGUUCGUCUUCCUGCUGAGAUAAAGGACAUGGAGAGGGAUUCAUUCUUGUUGCAUAUUCCUGGUCAGAAUCGAGAUCAGGAUAGUGGGAAUAGUAAAGUGUCAAAGGUAAAAGUGGCAGCUAUAGCAGCUCAAGGUAUUUCCGAGUUGAUGCCACCUGAUGUUGCCAAGGCAUUUUGGGCUGCUGACAAGGUUUCACCAAAGGUUUCAAGAAAUGUGCGGGAAAUAGUGAAACUUGCUGUUACUCAGGCGGAGAAACGUAAAAAGCUAUCUGAAUUCACAACCUUCAAUCGAAUCAGUACUUCUAGAGGCGAUUUGGAUCCACUUGAUGGCCUUUAUGUCGGUGCAUUCGGGCCUUAUGGAACCGAAGUGGUACAACUGAGACGUAAAUUUGGGCACUGGAAUAGUAGCCCUGAUGAUAGCCAAUCAGAAGUGGAAUUUUUUGAAUAUGUGGAGGCAGUGAAGUUGACUGGGGAUCUCAAUGUACCAGCAGGGCAGGUGACAUUUCGUGCUAAAAUUGGAAAAGGGGGCCGAACUUCUAAUCGCGGGAUGUACCCAGAUGAAUUAGGAGUGGUUGCUAGUUACAAAGGUCAGGGAAGAAUAGCAGAAUUUGGGUUCCGAAAUCCCAAAUGGGUCGAGGGGGAGCUUCUUCAACUGAAUGGCAGGGGCAUGGGACCCUAUCUGAAAGGUGCUGAUCUUGGAUUCCUGUACGUUGUCCCGGAGCAAAGUUUCCUUGUUCUCUUCAACCGCCUCAAGUUACCUGACUGAGUUGGUAUCAGACUCCGUUACCUCCCCGCACUUUCUUGGCACACAAACAUGACUUGAGCAAUCUAAAUGCUGAGCAACGAGGCUUUUUUUCUCUGUGAAAAGCCUGAUCACAAGUGUCUGAUCAAGAUAAAUCCGGGGUCCUUCAUUUGUAUAGAGUUUUGGAUAUCUCAACUGUUGUACUUUUCCUUCUCUUCUCAGUGUCUUCUUUUACACUCGUUUAGAUUCGUGAUGCAUACUGUUUUUGCUUAUCAUCACCGAAGGUUGACUGAUCCCAAUGUCAUGGGGGAGAUUUUGCUGAGCAUAUAUAUACAAUUAUAAAUAGAUAUAAUAAAGUAUGAGACAACAUUUGAAGGUUCA